CUCACUUGUUCAAGGCCACCAAGCAAAUAGCGGGUGCAUUGUCUUCGUGUAUUAGCCCUAAUUUGCCUUACGCUUCUUAAAAGUGUAUCCAAUGGAUACAUGGAUUACAAUAGUGUAUUAUUGUACUUUGAUUAUUCAAGGCAUUAAUGCAUUUGAAGUACAGUUAAAUGCAACUUGUCAUGAACCGCCUCUUUACACAAUAUCAGUAAAAAAUCAAACACAUACACUGUGGUACUUAAUAUCUGCAAGCCUUCAUCAUCCUCCUUCUUUAAUAUUAAUACAUACUUAUGGAGAAUCACAAGUCCAUGUGAAUUGCACAUUAUUUCAAAGUAGCGACACAUCAGAAUAUAGAAAGUCAGUUUCGGUUGACAAUAUUAUUCGGUCUUACGGAUGGAUUCUACAUAGGAUAAUUCGUUAUAACGAUACAAACGACAAAGCGAUUGCUCCUGAUAAAGGGCUUGCAACAGAAACAUUUUUAGGAAGUAAUUUAGACUGGACGGUUGUAUCAACUCCGAAGAAUACAAACACUACUCCAUUAACUAUUGAAUUCGAAGCUAGAAAAUCGUUGGAUCCUCAUGAAAAAAUAGACGGUGUCAUUAAACUGAAGUUUACAAUAUACGAUUAUCGGACGAAACCAUCACAACCGUUGUAUUAUACGAUUGAAAAUGCUUUAAGUAUUGUUGUUGAAUUGAUAUUGGACAAAGUGGAAGUAAUCAAUUCAGUCAACAAAUUUUCACCUGUUCUAUUAAUUUUUUCCAAUCAUUCCCUUGAAGAUGAUGCAUAUUUUUGGAAUAAAACAGCUGUUCAGAAAUAUGCUGAAGAUGGUCCUAUUGGAAAAAUAAAAUCUCCAUUUAUUCAAUUAGGAUUGGAAUUAUCAAAAGAAAAAAAGUUAAUUCAAUCUAUAUGGCCCAAUGCUUAUUUACAAUUUCCUGCAGCCUAUUGGAUUGAUCCUCAACAACAAACACAACAAGCCCAAUUAGUCCGUUUCGGGAUUGCACGUCCAAUUGAUCAUACAAUUAUUAAGACAAAAUCAUAUCAUUUUAGUUUACCUUUCGCUGUGUACGGUGAUAACUUUACUCAAAUUCAUGAUCAAUCUACCAAAAAUCACGUAGCUGUACGUGAACAAGUUAUUAAUUUAGGCAGUCCGAAUACGGGAUACUACUAUGCUCGUACAAAUUACUCGUCAUGGACAAUGAUUUUUGGCCUAGGCGAUCCUGAUAUUAUACCAUCAGAUGAUGAUGAUGAUACGAACAACGGUAACAACGAAAAGUCGGUCAUUUCAGCGACAGUUUGUGGCAUAUUGAUUAUGGUCAGUGUGAUCAUUGGUGUUCAUACAAUACGUCGUCUAAAACGUAGAAGUUAUCAAAGAAUCUCGGAAUUUGUUAAUAAUAAUAAUAAUAAUAAUGAAGAUGUUGACACUGAUUCAUCAUUAUUGUCGGCGGCGGCCGCGACAUCAGCACUGAUGCCACCUUCAAUGAUUGACAAUCAUAUCGUUGAACCAUUUCAGUAUGAAAAAUUAAUUACUCCUCAACCAAAUCACCAGUUAAUCAAUAAUAAUUAUCAUAAUGUUAUCAUUAAUGAAAAUGAUUAUUUACAAAAUAACAAUAUGUCUUCGGUUAAUUUGAACAGUUAUCCACCUCCGUAUGGAUCGAUUACAGGUGAUUAUUAAAAUCCGGCAAUGAAAUUGUACACACUGUCACUACUACUACUACUACUAACAUAACUGUUCAUCAAAUUAAAAUGACGCCUUGUUAUGAUUAGUUUUUUGUUUUUUUUUUAAAUAAUAAAACAACAUUAUUUAUUCAUUUCUCAUCAAAGUUCAAAAAUCAUCAUUAUCAUUGUUGCCAGUAUUUGGCAAUAUUUUUAUUAUCAUAUUCAUUCUUCAAAUCAUCUCUAUUAAUAAUAAUAAUAAUAAUUAUUAUUAUUAUUAUUACUAUUAUUAUUUUUGACAAACAUAUAUUUUCGCCCGGUCUGUUCAACUAUUUUGAAUAAUUGAUAUUUCUAGUUACAUAAUUAUUAAUUAUUAUAAAUUUUUUUUUGUAUCUCAGAUUUGUUGGUAUUUUUUUUCACUGAAUUCUUCAUUAAAAUCUUCGAUAACCAAAAAUAAUUACUGAAACAUGACAUGUUCUCUAUUCACUAUAUAAUAACAGGUUUUUUAGAAAAUUCUAAGAUAUUUAAUAGAUAUAUAUCACUGAUUCAAUAGUUUGUUACCUAUUCUGUUAUCGAAUUUGCCUAAUUUGACAAUGAUCGAUAAUCCUGUGCAUGUAUGUUCUUACUUCAUUGCUUUUCUCCUACAGUUCCAGGCUCAAGUGUAAGUGAUUUAAAAAAAAUAUGGAGUCAAUUAUCAAGUGUCCGAAUGGGUAGUAGAUGUAUCAAACUACUUAUGGAAUAUAUUAUUUUACAUGUAACAAACAGGAUGUACUACUCACUUACUUACUUACCUAAAU